AUGGCUCCAAGACCAACAAGUGAUAGUGAUGAUUCCAGCAUCCCCAACGUCAGCGCAAGCGAUAAUGACAAGGAGGAGCGCGGAAACAACAAAGAAAUCCAGAUGAGGGUCAGGGCACGCAACACCGGGCGGGCCAAAUGGCUUCGAGGCCUUGACGCCAUCAGACGGCCGACACCACUGUACAGCGGUGUGGGUGUCCUGCAGCUUACCGUAGGCAUGCCCCCGAAAAAGCAGACAUUCGUGGACCUCCUAAGCGACAGUGAUGACAAUGGCAAGAACAAAACAACCAAUAAGGGGACCGCCGCCGCCGCCCCGCCACAGUCCACAACAACCACCGUACCACUACACGCCAUCUCGCCACCCCACGCAGUAGAACCCCAGACCUUCUACGGGCUUCCCGCCCAGGCAACAGGCCAGGGCGUCCGCAGCCAGCUGCGCUACCAGAUCCGCGUGUCCAAUAUCGGACGACACCCAUCACCAGCAGUAGGGACUCGGUUCGACCUGUCCCUGCUCCGUGACGACCUGGGCGGGCGCGAGGCCGACGCCAACGAAGACGCGGUGCAAGACUACCUGGCCUUCAUAGACGUGACCACGCCGUUUACCUUUGAGCGGGCGGUGCAGCAGUACUGGCUGCGCGACGCGGCGACAACAGGCGCUCUGCUCCGGGGGUUCCCCAUGAUGGAGGAGGUGGCGUUCUUCCGGGCGGGCAACUACCGUGGGGCGCAGUCAAACUGCUACUGGAAGGCUGUGGCAUAUGUGGUGUACGGACAUCACUGGUAUGCCAGCAGGGUCAAGGCCGAGCAUCUGACUUACUUUGGCGAGAUCCUCGAGCGGCCUGACCACCCCCGGCACGCAUAUUAUACAGACCUAAACCGCCUCUUUGUGCCCAGUUGGGUGACAAAUCAAGGGAAGACGAUCACGACCAGGGUGAAUCUGUACCAGCAGUUGACCGUUCCUGCAGUGUGGACGUCAGACUCCAUGUUCACCGUCACCGCCGACCUAUACAACUUGUUCAUCGUGACAUACCGCGUGGAAGGCCUCCGAGGCCAUGAUGCGACAGCCAAAGCCGCCGCCGAUGGGUACGUUCGAGCUCCCAUCAUCUACGGCUCUUACAACGCCAGGCAUGUCUUCUUUCUGGGUCUCAACGGCCAGCAUUAUCAACCCAUGGUUCCGAACGACUAUUAUGCGACGGAGUUUCAGCUACCGCGGCCCACGUUCGAUUCCACGUAUGGAUACGAAACCACCGAGCGGAGACCAGACAGGGCAGCAUCACUUUCGACAGAGCAUCCUUGGAGGCGCAACAAUAAUGUGCCCAACAUGCCCAGGGCGGAGGGACCGACGCCAGUGAAUGUGUUCUAUGACAAAAAUUCGCUGAGGACCGUGAUCACAGGCGAUCCAAUGGAGAUUGAGGACGAAAGUUGA